CAAUGUACACAUACAUGAACUGUCUUUGCAGUAAAGAGUAAACUUUUGUAAAGACAAGUCUUUGCAGCAAAGAAAAUUGGUGCCAUUAAAUUACCAAUCUCCUUUACAUUUACACUGUCUCUGUGUCACGUGACUCUGCAGUGAAACUUUCACUUUCCAGCUCAGUGGCUUCCUCUUCUCCACUUGAUGCAUGAACUCAGAUAAAGAUCUUUAAUUUAGCUGAUUCUGAAAAUGGGUUCUCGGAUUCAGCUUGUGGGUCUUUGCUUAUGGUUGUUGCACUUAACAUGCUUCAGCUUCAUUUUUGGUAACACUGUGACUGUGAGAGGAGAUGAAGCUGUGAAAGGAACUGUUGUCAUUGAUGACAAAUCUGUGGUUGGAACUAUUGAUGAUGAUUUUGUGUGUGCAACAUUGGAUUGGUGGCCUCCUGAGAAAUGUGACUAUGGGACGUGCAGCUGGGGUCUUGCUUCUCUUCUCAAUCUGGACCUCAACAACAAGAUUUUUUUAAACGCAGUGAAAGCUUUUUCACCUUUGAAACUUAGAUUAGGUGGAAGUUUGCAAGAUAAGUUAAUAUAUGGCACUGAAGAUAAUCACCAACCUUGUACUCCUUUUGUUAAGAAGCCUUCUGAGAUGUUUGGUUUCACGCAAGGGUGCCUUCCAUUGCACAGAUGGGAUGAACUUAACCACUUUUUUGAAAAAGCAGGAGCUAAGAUUAUCUUUGGAUUAAAUGCUCUUGCUGGAAAAUCAAUACACGGUGGUUCUGCAAAGGGACCUUGGAACUACACCAAUGCUGAGUCCUUCAUUCGAUACACAGUUGGAAAGGGAUACACCAUUUAUGGAUGGGAACUUGGCAAUGAAUUGAGUGGGAAUGGAGUUGGAACAAGCGUUACAGCAGAUCAAUAUGCGUCUGAUCUUACUGCUUUACGACACAUAGUUGACGAUGCAUAUAGAGAGGUUGAAGCUAAACCAUUAGUCAUUGCACCAGGAGGUUUCUUUGAUGCCAAUUGGUUCAAAGAAUUUAUAAGCAAAUCUGGAAAAUCUUUGGAUGUGAUCACCCAUCACAUUUAUAACCUUGGACCAGGAGUUGAUGACCACCUUGUGGAAAAAAUUCUGGAUCCUUCCUAUCUUGAUGGAGAGGCAAGCACAUUCAAAGGACUCAAAGACCUACUUGCAAGUACAGGUACCUCAGCAACAGCAUGGGUUGGUGAGUCAGGAGGGGCUUACAAUAGUGGCCAUCAUCUUGUAUCUGAUGCAUUUGUAUACAGUUUCUGGUAUUUGGAUCAGCUUGGCAUGUCAGCUGCUUAUGACACUAAAACAUAUUGCAGACAGACUUUGAUAGGAGGAAACUAUGGUUUACUCAAUACCACCAAUUUCCAGCCAAAUCCAGACUACUAUAGUGCUCUUCUUUGGCACCGACUCAUGGGAAGAAAUGUACUCUCAACUACCUUCUCCGGGACAAAAAAGAUACGAGCUUAUGCACACUGUGCAAAGCAAUCUAAAGGAAUCACAGUACUAUUGAUCAACCUGGACAGCAGCACAACUGUUGAAGCUGAAGUGACUUUCAACAACAAUGCCAAGAGUUUGAGGCACAGAAAGAUGUCUAGUCAUUCAGAAAUGAUGGAACUACCUGCUGCAAGUGUAACAUCCAGAGAAGAGUACCAUCUAACUCCACAGGGUGGGGAUUUACAUAGCCAAAUCAUGGUACUAAAUGGAAACGCUCUAAGUGUAAACUCAGAUGGUGAUAUUCCUUCUUUGGAGCCUCUAUAUGUGAAUUCAUCAGAGCCAAUAAGGGUUGAUCCUUUCUCUAUUGUAUUUGCCCAUUUGCCUGAUGCAGUCGUUGCAGCUUGCGGUUAGCUAGGUGGCAUAGGGCGAGACCAAAAUUGGUUGAGCAAAUAACACUUCGAAAAUAUACUAGUUUUCAUUUUAUUAUUGAAAGAAGAGAAGGCCAAUUAUUUAGGCUGAGAACUAGGAUUUUGAUGGUUUUAUGCUUUUAUACAACUAAGAUCAUUGUGAUCACAAAUUGCAAAUUGUCGGUGGCAAAUUCAAAUUCUUGUCAUCACUAGAUCAUAGAUGAGUCAACCCCUCCUGCACAUUGAUGAUUUGUUGCUUUAUAACUGUAAUUCUCUUGUGAUAUGAAUUAUGGAAUAAUUGGUUUUUCUA